AUGAAACAUUCUCUUGACUCCUUCACGGCUAAGACGCGUGGAAUCGUAUUCACAAUAAAUGGUGACUCCGAGGUGUGGUGCUUUCCUGCGCCACACAACCCGAUACCCAUUAUUGUACGGAAGGUCUACGACGACUCAACAACUCAAUUAAAGUUAAAUACUAAUUAUAAUGACUGA